GUCAUAACAUUCAACGUCACAAAAUUAGCAUUAGCAACAAGCGAUCAGAUUUGAUAGAAUUGCUGCCAUACAAAGGGCAGGCAUAGGCUAGCUUGAACUGUCAUACAAAUUUAGAGUUUGGAGGAAUCUUAAACCGUGACAAUGAAAUUCCUGUAUAAAGAGGAGCACCCAUUUGAGAAGAGAAGAUCGGAGGGGGAAAAGAUCAGGAAGAAGUACCCAGAUCGAGUGCCAGUGAUAGUGGAGAAAGCCCCUAAAGCCAGAAUUGGUGAUUUGGACAAGAAGAAAUAUCUUGUACCCUCUGAUCUUACAGUGGGACAGUUCUACUUCCUAAUACGGAAGAGGAUUCACCUGCGGGCAGAGGACGCCCUUUUCUUCUUUGUCAACAAUGUCAUUCCUCCCACCUCAGCCACCAUGGGACUACUUUACCAGGAACACCACGAAGAGGACUUCUUUCUUUACAUUGCCUACAGUGACGAGAGUGUCUACGGAAACAGCCAAACGAAAGUCUAGCUAACCACCUUUCAGCACAUCUGCAGCCUGACUCUGCAUCGUCACAAAGAUAAAUAAAAGCAAUUUAGUUGCCACCAGAUUAAUCUUUUAAUGCACUUUCAAACCCCCUUUCCCCUUUUAAAGCUAAAAUCCUUAAUUGAAACGAUAAAGCGACCAUCCCGCCCGCCUUUGUUUUGGUAAAAAGCGACGGGAUGGACCUGUGGAAAUGUAACCACUCUCAAAUUCAUAGACCGAGCUAUUGAUGCAAGGACUGAUGCAUGCAUGAUAUCAAAAUUAUAGUUAACAAUAUUUUGAGGCUAUACAGUAGUUUAAAACGUUGUUUACCAACAUUGGAGUAAAACAAGCUUCUAUUUUGGGUUCAACAGUUGAUCUAAGCUCAUGAGGCAUUUACAAGUUAGAUUUUUCAAGAAUCAAUGCGUAUAUAUAAUUUAUUAUUCCAAAAACUGAUGUGACAACUACGGAUUCUAGCUUUAACAUUCAGACUACCAAAUCUACAUCGGUGUUCUCCUGUCAUAGUUGUUAUCCACAGCACAUUUUUGUUUGUUCGUUUCACCUCCCAAAUGGCAUAGGGAUAGUUUCUUGGACACAAUUCAAUCCUUGUCCAGAAUUAAAAACUAUAUAUAUUCUCUAUUGAACAUGUGUUUUAGUCUAGGAAUAGGCUUAGUCUAUGUCUGAGAAACAGGCCCUUAAAUCUACCCGAUUACUCUGUUGCUAGCAAUCAUCUUUUUUAGUUUACUUGAAAGAUUAGCUUUUAGACCUACAGUGUAUCACACCCCUCACAUUUUUGUAAAUAUGAGUAUAUCUUUGUGACGACACUGCUACAAUGUAAAGUAGUGAGUGCACAGCUUGUAUAAGUCUACAUUUUCUGGCCCCUCAAUAACUCAACACACAGCCAUUAAUGUCUAAACCGCUGGCAACAAAAGUGAGUACACCCCUAAGUGAAAAUGUCCAAAUUGGGUCCAAAGUGUCAAUAUUUUGUGUGGCCACCAUCCUUUUUCAGCACUGCCUUUGGGCAUGGAGUUCACCAGAGCUUCACAGGUUGCUACUGGAGUCCUCUUCCACUCCUCCAUGACGACAUCACAGAGCUGGUGGAUGUUAGAGACCUUGCACUCCUCCACCUUCCGUUUGAGGAUGCCCUCAAUAGGGUUAAGGUCUGGAGACAUGCUUGGCCAGUCCAUCACCUUUACCCCCAGCUUCUUUAGCAAGGCAGUGGUCGUCUUGGAGGUGUGUUUGGGGUCGUUAUGUUGGAAUACUGCCCUGCGGCUCAGUCUCCGAAGGGAGGGGAUCAUGCUCUGCUUCAAUAUGUCACAGUACAUGUUGGCAUUCAUGGUUCCCUCAAUGAACUGUACCUCCCCAGUGCCGGCAGCACUCAUGCAGCCCCAGACCAUGACACUCCCACCACCAUGCUUGACUGUAGGCAAGACACACUUGUCUUUGUACUCCUCACCUGGUUGCCGCCACACACACUUGACGCCAUCUGAACCAAAUAAGUUUAUCUUGGUCUCAUCAGACCACAGGACAUGGUUUCAGUAAUCCAUGUCCUUAGUCUGCUUGUCUUCAGCAAACUGUUUGCGGGCUUUCUUGUGCAUCAUUUUUAGAAGAGGCCUCCUUCUGGGACGACAGCCAUGCAGACCAAUUUGAUGCAGUGUAUGGCGUAUGGUCUGAGCAAUGACAGGCUGACCCCCCACCCCUUCAACCUCUGCAGCAAUGCUGGCAGCACUCAUAUGUCUAUUUCCCAAAGACAAGCUCUGGAUAUGACGCUGAGCACGUGCACUCAACUUCUUUGGUCGACCAUGGCGAGGCCUGUUCUGAGUGGAACCUGUCCAGUUAAACCGCUGUAUGGUCUUUGCCACCGUGCUGCAGCUCAGUUUCAGGGUCUUGGCAAUCUUCUUAUAGCCCAGGCCAUCUUUUUGUAGAGAAAUUAUUUUUUUAAGAUCCUCAGAGUUCUUUGCCAUGUUAAACUUCCAGUGACCAGUCAGUAUGAGGGAGUGUGAGAGCGAUGACACCAAAUUGAACACACCUGCUCCCCAUUCACACCUGAGACCUUGUAACACUAACGAGUCACAUGACACCAGGCGGCAAAAUGGCUAAUUGGGCCCAAUUUGGACAUUUUCACUUAGGGGUGUUCUCACUUUUGUUGCCAGCGGUUUAGACAUUAAUGGCUGUGUGUUGAGUUAUUUUGAGGGGACAGCAAAUGUACACUUAUACAAGCUGUACACACUACUUUACAUUGUAGCAAAGUGUCAUUUCUUCAGUGUUGUCACAUGAAAAGAUAUACUCAAAUAUUUACUCAAAUGUGAGGGGUGUACUCACUUUUGUGAUAUACUGUAUACGCAUUUAUCUAUACAGUAUGCAUUGACAUUGCACCCAAACAUUUCUGUGGACAGUUUUGGUGAUUCAUCUUACUGUAGCUUCAUAGACCAAUGAAGGUUAUUUCUGUGAUAUGAAGGAUAUGUUAGCCUGAAAGCCAGACCUGUUUCUUUCUCUCCCUGCGUGACCACCUCCCUCAGAUGACCACUCAAGCCAUUAACUUUCUAAUGAUUGUCCAUCUUAUGAUGGUGAUGUUUUUUUCUAAAUUGCAUGCAUUUUUGUUUAGCUUUAAAGCCCAUAAUGAACAGUGCUAUAAAAGUUGAAUAAAUUAUUAUUAUUUAUCUGUC